AUGUACGGGGAUCUAGCUAACAAAUUGGUAUUAGAAGCUAAAAGGACAAAAAAAUUAUACGCAAGAAAUAGUCAAGAUGUUAAUUUACCUAUGUAUCACGAAGAUAUAAUACGAAAUAUUCUAAAAGAAAUUUCAAAUCUACGCAAAAAUACAGAAUACCUUAAAGAGCAGCAGCAAUCAGGAAUGCUGGAUGAUAAGGUGGCCAAAUGUCAAUAUUUUGUAACAUUACUAUGUAUGGAAAGGAACAAAAGAUGUCUCUUGGCGUAUCAAAAAUUAAGAACAGAUAUACUAGAUUUUAUGGCUUGGAAUAAUAACGGUCUGGACUUAAUGAGUAGUAUAACGUUUAGUCAGCAGGAUACGAAUGACCUUUCUCAUCAAGAGCAGGAAUAUCUAAAAGAAUACUGCGAUUUAAUCACUGAUUUAAAAAGUGGUGUCCUGGCAGAUAUUGAUUUAUCUGGCUCUUUAGUUCCUCCAAGCGAUGUAUUUAUUGAUGUCAGGGUGCUUAAAGACGCCGGUGAGAUCCAAACUGAAUAUGGUGUGUUUAACCUCAUUAAAGACUCUCAAUUUUUUGUAAGGCAGUCAGAUGUAGAGCGGUUGAUUCAGCAAGGUUAUUUACAGAAAAUAUGA